GAAAAGAUUAAAAAAAUGGUACAUAGCUAUAAGACAAAAGGUUGUGCACAUAUUUAGCAAUCAUAAAAAAGAAAAAUUCUAUUUCAUUUUCACAAAUUUUAGAAAUUAAUGGAUAAUGCUCAUACAGAAUUUCAAGCGCAAGACUGUGUAUGCAUUAAAUCGUCAGAAAGUGAAAUAGAUUGGUCAGAUUUGUACAAAAUAAAAUUGAUAUUGCGCCAACCAUCACCGAAUUGGAGUAAUUUUGGCAUAGAUGAUGUGAAAGUUGUUUCUAAAGUUCAGUCAGAAAAUGUAUGAAUUCUAAAAGCAAAACCAUCAGAAAUAUACUUUAUAAUAAAAAAUAAAUAUUAAGUUGAUUCACUUAUUUUAAAACUACAUACUUAGGUAAUUUAUGACUUAUAUUAAUUUAA